AGAGAGAGAGAGAGAGAGAGCGCAGGAUGUGUGCCGUUGCCAGCGACAUCAGCGACAACAAAACAACAGCUGAUGGUGGACGAAACUUUCCUACAGAAAACAAAACAACGCCACCGCAUAUAUCCUGAACACCUCACCACCGCAUACCGUACCUUUGGGACACUAGAGGCUGUGAUACACAGCCUGCACGGCACCAACAAACCCUCAAGAAGAAAAAGAAGGUGGACGAGACUGGUUUGGCAGGUCUAAAGAGGCGAUUAACUCCACUAAUCAAGAGUUAAGAGGGACCCACAUUCAUCACUAGUGCCGAUCAGUUUGAUAGUACUACUCUUGAUGAUCCCUGGCCACCACUGCCACACACACUGGAUAGUUUGCUUUUGAAGGACCACAAUGGGGGACGACUGGAAAUCUUGGACAUAUCGGCAGAAAGUGAUCAUACAGUUGGAGGACAUCAUCCGGCAGAUUCCUGGAAACCAAAGAAAUGCCCAUGACAUUGAGCUUCAGGUUUUUCAAAGAGCCACCAAGAAGGACGAGUAUGUGCAGCUGAUGACGCGCAUAAUGAUGCACAUGCAGCAGGAGAUGGCUCAAAGCACCACACAAGCCAACAACAAUCCUCACAUUCCUGAAAUUCUUAAUCGCCAUCCUGGACCUUCUCAGAUAAAUGGCCCAAAUACUCCCAUGAUGAAUAAUACUAUGAGUAUGCAUGGGUCACCUAGGAUUGGGCAGCCAAUGCCACCUAAUCUUCCAACGCAGGGAGGUGAGAUGGGAAAUUGGACAGCUAACAACCGGCGUAUCAAUGAGAUGCAGAUAUCAGGUGUGGGAAAGAAACAGCCAGCCCUGACUAUGUCUCAGCUAGGUGGCCAGCAAGGUAAGAUGACACAGAUCCAGAUGACAAUGGGUGCUCAGACUGGGGGUAACGCACCCAUGGGUCAAGUGGUUGGACGUGGAGUUGGAGCUGCUGCCACCAUGCAACCUCGUGUCCCUUCCCCAGGAUUUCCUCGCCAGGGGACUCCAACCCCUACCAGCGCUUCACCUGCACCCUCGUUGUCAGCCCCCAACAACCAAGCAUCACCUGCAUUUGUGAGUCCCUCCCCAUCCUCGAGUAUGGUUCCUUCACCUGCUGGAGGAGGUAAUAGUGGAGGUAUGGGUCGUGGAGUGGGUCAUCUAGGGGCACCAUCUCCUGGAAUGAUAAAUACUCCAGGACAGACACAGCAACCCUCUCCAGCACCUGCAGCCAUGUCCAACAGCCAGGUGGAGGAAGCUGCUUAUAUGGAAAAACUACGCCGCCUCAAGAAAUACGUGGCACCUCUUGGCCGUAUGAUACAGCGCAUGUGUAAUGAUGAAGGUGAUAAAUCUAAAAAAAUGAAGCAAUUGUAUGACAUGCUGCAGAAUCCUACACGUCGCAUGCCUAUGGAAACACUCAUAAAAUGUGAGAAGGUUCUUGAACGUCUUGAAAUUCGUGAAAAUGAGGUUGAGGCACCAGUACCGCCAAGUAUGGAGACCUGCACUGCUGCCUUAGAGGAGAUGCUAACCACAGUGCUCAAGUCUCCCUGUGCAGCUCACACUCUGCACCGCACACUUUCCCCAGCCCUCUCUGUUCUUUUAGGACCAACCUACUCCACCCAUCCAGCAUCCCUUGCUCCAGCCACUCGCCCACUUCAGCCUCCCCCAGAGACGCCUGACAUCAGUGACAUUGUACAGGGAGAAGUGGCUCGACUCAAUGCUCGAUUUAGGAUUAACCUUGACUGCCAGAUGCCACCAGGAAGUGAUGAAUUGACACUGAUAUGCCAGCUGGAUGACCCUAACUUACCAUGUGUUCCUCCCAUUACCCUCACAGUGCCUGCCUCAUACCCAGACAAGCCUCCUCGUUGCCACUUGUUGGCCGUUGACUAUGAGAGCACGGAAUUUUUGCACAGCAUCCGUGAGAGCAUGAAUGAGCGUUUGCAGAGUAGGCCACCACACUGUUCUCUGACCAUGAUGCUGCAUAGCUGGGAGAUGAGUGUGCGUCAGGCCUGUUCUCCGCAACCUCCACUUGCUGCAGCCUUGACAAUUGCUUCCCCUGUCUAAUAUUAGUCUUGUGAAUCAGAACCUGUGACAUAGUGAAGGGAGAUUGGUGGAGUUGAAUGACAUCAAUAGAUAAUUGAGUUUGACAAUAUUGUGUUGUAAAAAUCAAAGAGUAAAUCAGUGACAGUAGUAAAACCUACCAAAGAAAUCAGAUAAGAAAUCCCACUGAAAUUUAAUGAA